AUACUUUGGAAGGAGGCAAGGAAAGAUGCAUCUAGAAAUUAUGUAAAUGAACGUGACAAGCUUAUAGGAGAUGCCAUUGAUGACCUUCUAGAUAAGAGAAAUGAGGGGACACUUGUAGAAGUUGGGACAAAUGAUAUAUUGACACAAGUGUUAGGAACAAAGGAGCAUCCUGGUAGAGUAAGAGGCCAAAGUCGUGGAGUUACACAAAGAGACUACUUUUUGAAGCCAGCAGAAGGUUUUAGUGGACUUCAACAAUAUCAAUUUCAAUUUCAGCAACACCAAUCGCAAAAAUACUUAGAUGACUUUAAAAAGUUAGAGUAAUCCUUUGAGCAAAGACUACGUAGUCAAGCUGAACAAUUUGAAGUAGAACGAAAAUGAGAAAGAGAAGAACGAGAACAAGAACGAGAGUUAUUUUUGACAAAGUUUACAGAAUUAGCAAACCAAAUUUCAUCAUUAAAAGGAAGUGAAGUGAGUUUGCCUACGAUAGUUUCAUGAACAAGUGAGACCCCUAUGCCAAUAGAGGUGGUAAAUGAGUCUUUAGUUUCUUCAAAGGAUAAUCAUAAGUCUAGAUUAUUGACAGAAAAUGGUGAUACUGUUGCUAUUGGACGAAUAAUGGCAACAAGCGGAAAAAUUCAUUGUGUUGACUUAAGAAAGGGUAACUAUUGUGUGGAAGUGGAUGAGUGCUGCAAUGAUGAGGCUAAACUUAUAUUUCCUAUUGGAGAUGAGAUUUCUUUAGUACGUCAUGCUGUCGGCCACUAUGUUGAGUGGCCAUCUCAUCUGAUCAUUCCUUAUGAUUCAGAUUUGCUACCUAAGAAGACAAAGAAGCAAAAAAAGAAUGGUUCACCAAUACCUAAUGCCCCAAUGACACAAGAGAAGUCUCAUCCUUCCCAAAAACUUCCUAGUCAAAAUGAAGUAGUGUCAAUUAAAGCUUGUGCCCCGAUACUCUUCAAGAUUCCUAGUGGGGUUCCUCGCUUUCUCAAGUGUCUAUUAACUACCGUGAAGUAUGUGGAGCCAAGUUUCAUGAUCAAAAUUACGAUGGAUUUUGAGAUAUUCGGCCAUGAGAAUGAUUUAUAUACCUCACAAGAAGAUAUAGUUCAUGUUGGCUUAAUGGAAGAGAUUGGAGCAUCAUGUGUAUCGUUAUAUAUCAGGAUUUUAUACUUUCAAUUAGUGAAAAGAGAGAUCAGUCACUUUUUUCGUUUUGUUGAGCCAAUUUGGUUAUCAAAUGUUGGAUCCACUGAAGAAGAACGAGUUGAAUGGGUACCAAAGAGUAUGCUUGAUUCAAAUCCGGGUCAAAUGUGGUUGUUGCCAUAUCAUAAGGGAAAGCAUUGGAUGCUUAUAAUAAUUGAUUUUGAUCACCAAUUGUGCUAUUUCCUGGAUUCUCUUCACAAUUUUCCACCAGAUCAAAUCAAAUCUCUCAUUUCUUGGUAA